AUGCGACGUCACAAGACUGCGCCGGCCUCGGCUGGGCGUGCGCGUGACGUCACGCGGGCGCGGCGGUCUCGCGCACGGGAGCGAUACGUCACACGCCCGCGACGGCUUCUCCCGGUCCUCGGGCAGCGCCGCCUAGCGGCCGGGCUCGUGUGCUGCUGCUGGGGGACACGGAGGCGGCCAGCGUACCUGCUGACGAGAAGAGGGGUGAAGGCCCAGCUGGAAGAGCGGGAAAAUAAGAAGUACGCCACCUUUAAGGCUGUGGAGUUCAGGAGCCAGGUGGUGGCAGGGAGGAACUAUUUCAUCAAGGUUCAAGUUGACGACGAUGAGUUUGUGCACCUUCGAGUUUUCCAAAGUCUCCCGCACGAAAACAAGCCCUUGGCCUUGUCCAGCUAUCAGACCAACAAAGCCAGGCACGAUGAGCUGGCGUAUUUCUAGUUCCCACUCCGAUGAGGGCCUGUUCGUGUGGUUCUGUUCUCCGUGAACGCGUCUGGGAUCAAGAGCCAAUGUCAUUUCUACACGGGGCCACUUUGGGGGGAUGUCAUAUACCUGUCUUGUGUCUCUGUUCCUGCCUUUCAGCGGGAGAGACAAAGUCAGCACAGUCACUGAUCUUAAUUACUUUCAGAGAGGGCUUAUAGUCUCUUUAAAUACAUAUUUUUAAAUCUUUACGAAUUCA